CCCACACUCUCAUAGAGGAUCAACUCCACGUUCGUUCACUCGUUUAGAGAUACUUGUAGAGAUUCGCAAAAGAAAAGCUCGUUUUUCAAGCAGUUUCCGACAGUAAGGGAAAAAUGGAGGACACGGCAAACGCUGGAAACACCUCUGUGGAAUCUGGGAGCGGGAACGCUACUCCAGCGAAGAAGACUACGACGAAGUCGAAAUCAGCGAAAGCAUCAAAGAGCAAGUCCUCUCAUCCACCGACGUCCGAAAUGGUGAGCACUGCCAUUAAGGAACUGAAGGAUCGCAAGGGGUCGUCACUCCAAGCGAUCAAGAAGUACAUCGCAUCGACGUACAAAGUGGACGGAGAGAAGUUGGCGCCGUUCAUCAAGCGGUACCUGAAGUCGGCUGUCACGUCUGGCGCCGUCGUACAGACCAAGGGCAAAGGAGCGUCUGGCUCGUUCAAAUUGCCAGUGGCAAAGGGCAGCGAGACGAAGAGCAAGGUUACGCGGACUGUGAAGGUAGCCGAAGCGAAGAAACCGAAAAAAUCGGUUGAGAAGAAAACGACGGCGCUUCGUAAACCAGCAGCGGCGAAAAAAGCUCCUGCCAGUCCAGCGAAGAAGACUGAGGUUGCGAAAAAACCAGCGACCCCGAAGAAGUCGCCCGCCAAAGCUGAAAAGCUCGCCAAAGCUGAAAAAACAAAGGCGUCGCCCGAUGCUAGGACCAUGUCGAGGAGCAAGAAGACGGCGAAAUCACCGGCUACCAGAACGAAAGCUCCAAAACCGAAGAAGGCUGCUGCUCCGAGGGCGGUCAAGGCUUCACCUAAAAAAUAAUUAUGCUCCGCAGAUUGUGGCAGGAACUUGGGGAAACAAAUGGCCCUUUUCAGGGCCACAAAUUGAUUUACAACAAGGAACAAUUUUCAGACAAUCUAGUAACAGUAUUAACUGGAGAUAUUUUGUACUACAGGAAAUAUGCUGUGAUAAAUGCGUACUCCAUAAAGUAUACCUAACCUAUAGAGCGUUUUUUAUACGACGUAGAUAUAAGCGUGGGGGCAUGUAGGUACAGGCUGCGUCUAAAUUAUAUAUUGCUACCACCAAGGCCUGAUUCUGCACCAUCGAUUUCAUGAAAGUUGAUAGAAUAUAUAUGGUUCUUUUGAGAUUAUUUAUUUCCGCGACAAGUAGUUUUCUUACGGUAAUUAAAUAGAGGAUGUAGAAUGACUCUUUGGUCGCAAUAUAUAGUUCAAGCACGCGCGGUGCAUACGUACCAACUGCAAAAGGUUUCGAGUUAAAAUA